UGUGGAGACGGCGUUAUCCUCUGUUGUGCCUUUCAACACGGGCACUAUCUCUAUAGCGUAUAGAGGAGCAAUAGCUUCGUUACCGUGCUCAUCUGAGUUCUGAUUGAUUAACAUGGAGAGAACAAAGAUACAAGACGAGCACAAAAGUCCCCCUAAUCCGUCGACAUUUCGAUGGUUCCUCGGCCUUCUAGUGGCGUCGACGUUUUCCAUGGUCUAUUUUGUGGCUCCCUUUUACAUGCUUACAGUCGUGUUUGCACUAGUUUUCAAAUAUCCUUCGGUAGAAAUUGCAUGGAUGUACGCUAUUCCGAUGAUUGUCUCGGCCAUUUUGCCACCAAUGGCUUCUCCACUUGCCUUGCGACUCAUCUCCCCGCUCAUUGACUACUUCGAUUACGAAGAGAUCCACGAAACCUCACCGGUGGACGUCCAGAAGGAAAUACUAAGCAACAACAAAAACUAUUUGCUAGUCUUUCAACCGCAUGGAGCACUGUCGUUUACAGGAAUCACUUCAAUGGUGACAGCUCCACAAGCAAUGAAAGGCAAAUUGCCAACAGCUGUGGCUGACGCACUCUUGUACACACCUAUACUGAAACAUGUCUUAGGAAUUUUCGGGCUGAUUAGUGCCUCCAAAAGCAGCAUGAUCCGAACUUUAAAAAAGAAGGGUGUGGAAGGAACCAUUGUUUUGUACGUUGGUGGGAUUGCCGAGCUCUUUUUGACCGACGAGACGGACGAGCGCCUCUAUCUGCGAAAGCGAAAAGGGUUUAUCAAAUUAGCUCUACAACAGGGUGUCGAUGUUGUACCUGUGUAUCUAUUUGGGAACACAAACGCGCUGUCGGUACUAAAGACGGGAUUUCUCGCGGCAAUUUCGCGAAAAUUACAGAUAUCUCUGACGUACAUUUGGGGAAAGUGGUAUCUUCCGAUUCCCCGUGAUUGCAAAUUGCUGUAUGCUUCCGGUCAGCCAUUAGGAAUGCCUCAUAUUUUAGACCCAAGCCAAGCCGACAUUGAUAAAUGGCACGAAAAGUACUGCUCCGAGGUCAUGCGGAUCUUCGAAAAAUACAAGGAAAAGGUUCCGGAAUACAAGCACAAGAAAUUAGAAAUUAUUUGA